AUGUGCGGCACGCACAAUGCAUUGUUUUCGAUUGGAGAGAGGCGAGUGAUCGGAGCGGUCUCCGGCGGGGUUGACUCCUCGGUGGCGGCUGUCCUCCUGCAGAAGGCCAUCGGGGACAGGUUCCACGCCGUGCUUGUGGACAACGGCCUGCUGCGCAAGAACGAGGCCGUGGAGGUGGUCAGCCGGCUCAAGGAGAAGCUGGGCAUAAACCUCCACUGCGUCGACGCCAAGGACCGUUUCUUGACCCUUCUUGACGGGUGCACCGACCCGGAGUCGAAGCGGAAGAUAAUCGGGAAGACUUUCAUUCACGUCUUUCAGGAGGAGGCGGAGCGCAUCGGGAAGGUGGACUUCCUGCUGCAGGGAACCCUCUACCCGGACGUGAUCGAGAGCAUCAGCUACAAGGGCCCCUCGGCCACCAUCAAGAGUCACCACAACGUCGGAGGGCUCCCUGACACGAUGCACCUCAAGCUCAUCGAGCCACUCAGAGAGCUGUUCAAGGAUGAGGUGAGGGCGUUGGGCAUGGCCCUGGGCAUGGACGAGUUCAGCGUGUGGCGGCAUCCUUUCCCGGGCCCGGGCCUUGCCAUCCGGUGCCUGGCGCCGCUCAGCGAGGAGAACCUUUCCAUGGCACGAGAGGCGGAUGCCAUCAUGAUAGAGGAGCUCAACCGGGCCAACGUGUACCGGGAUAUCGGACAGGCCUUCGCGGUGCUGCUUCCCGUCAAGAGCGUCGGGGUCAUGGGAGACUGCAGGUAA